UUCCGAGGCAAUGCAACUGAAUUUCGAGGGAUUAGAUUUCAGUAGGAGCAAAAUUGUGAAGCCAAGCCUUAACUGUGCAGUUGAAGAACCUGUGGUGGGGAAAGUUGCUAUCUAUGGUGCAGGCCUCACUCUUGAAGACCACUUGAACGACGAGACACCUGAUUUGCAAAUAGUUUCGGAUGGCCCCGAAGUUGCGGGGGAAGUUAAGCACUUGGUUGAUACUUGUUACAAAAAGGGUACCGAUGCAAGUCAGGAGGCUAGUGCAACGGAUCAGGCAUUGCACGAUCCUUGUAAUCUCCUUAGCUCUGUGUUUGCAGUCUCCCCUUCAGAUCAUGAACCAGAAUUGGAAGGAGCAGAUGCGGACAAUGAAGCAUUAGGUAAAACAAGAGGAGGUGAAAAGAGGGAAUCCGAAGACGAAUUCACAUCCUCUAUUCUCUCAAAUUCAGUGAAUUCUCAAGUUUAUACAGCAAUAUAUGGUGGCCAUAUUGUCUCUGAAUCAAUCAAAGAACAGGGUCCCUAUGUUUAUGGGGGACAAAAUUUCUUAGUUGACCUCGACAUCUUGGGAGAUCUUCUCAAAGCAUCUUCUUGCACUGAAUCAGAGGAGAAUCCCAGCAAAGAGGAAAAGAAGCGCCUUGAGGAUCUGCAUCUGUUAAAGGUAAAACUCUUCAGACUUGUCCACAGACUAGGCUAUUCUCCUGAAAAUUCCAUAGCUACACAGGCAUUGUACCGGCUUGCCCUAACCAUAGGCAGCCACUCUAGUCAAGCAUUUCGCCUCAAAUCAGCCAACAAAUUGGCAAUGCAACUUGAAGCUGAGGGUGGUGGUAUAGACUUGUCAUUGAACAUCCUGGUCAUCGGAAAAACAGGUGUGGGAAAGAGUGCGACCAUUAAUACCGUUUUGGGAGAAAAGAAAGCCAUGGUCAAUGCAUUUGAGCCCUCCACUGUCACUGUGAAAGAGGUUAUCGGAAAUAAGGAUGGUGUGAAAUUUAGGUUUAUUGAUACACCAGGUCUUAGAUCUUCUGGUACCGAGCAAUCUCUCAACCAGAGAAUAUUAUUGUCCAUAAAGAAGUUCACUAAAAGCUUUCCACCUGAUGUUGUUAUGUAUGUUGACCGUCUGGAUUGCCCAACAAGUGAUCUUAUUGAUCUGCCAAUCCUGCGGUCUAUCACCAAUUCGCUUGGUUCAAUAAUAUGGCGUAAUGCCAUGAUCGCACUCACCUAUGCCUCAUCUACUCCCCUGGAUGGACCGACCGGAUUACCUUUCAGCUACGAAGACCUUGUAGCUCAGCGAUCCAGUGUUAUCCGGCAAUGCAUCAGCUUAGCAAUUGGUGAUACGCAUGAAAUGAAUCCAUGUCUUAUGCCUCCGGUGUUUCUGAUCGAAAACCAUCUUUCUGAAAAGAAUGAGCUCGGAUGUGCAGUUCUUCCCAAUGGACAAUGUUGGAGAACAGAGUUGUUGAUCUUAAGCUAUUCACUGAAAAUUUUGAGCGAAGCAUUGCCUCUGUCGAAACCACAAGAAUCAUUAGACCUCCGUAAAAUCCACGGCUUCGGUGUCCAGUCAUUUGCCUUACUCGUCGUCUUCUUUAUUGCAAUCUCACAUUCACCCAAGACAUUCCGCUGAUCCGGGAGAAACUGACCUGAACUUUGAGCUCAAGUACUUGUCCGAUUUGGAUGAAGGCACUAGUGACUAUGAUCGAUUGAAGCCCUUGGGAAGGUCUCGGAUGGCAACACAGGCAAAAGGAUGGACAGACAUUUAUUCUGUUAAGCACAUAACUCCAUUUGCCAUUCAGAAUAUCCUCUUUGAUUCCUCCAUUGCUAGAGAGCAGUGAGAAAAUGGACAAGUAUGCAUGAGCUAACGUGCAAACAUCGUCGAGGGAAAGGGCAAAGUGAAAAUCUUGGAGAAUUAUAGAGAAGUUGCAGCAUGUCCAGAACUUUAUCAGGCGAAAGGUCGCUGCUGGUCUCCAAUUUGACGACCUGAUCGGAUUCAGAAGCUCCUCUGAGAGGCAAUUCUCCAUGCAGAGGAUUUGCAAGUUGUCCAUGUCUGUUCCAUUAAACAACGAGCGGAAGAGCAGCGAAGCUCUCGAGGCCAUAUUUAUUGCGCUCGUUUUAGCCGGCGCGCACAGUGUUGUUCGGUUUCGCAGGUCUGUUCCCAUGUUUUUGGUGAUUACAAGAUAGAGAAAAGCAAAGGGGUCCUAGAGUGGUGGAUUUCUGUUUUUCACUCGGAUCGAAGGGGAAAAUUUCAAAGACACCCUGAAGUUGAUCUUGUCUUCGAUCGUGAUCGUGAUAGUGAAAUGUGUCUCGAUCAAUCCCUCGGCUCAUCGACGGCCAAAUUACUAAGACUUUUACAUGCUGUUUUCGCGCCUGAGCAACGGACAUUUUUGUUCGGAAGUUAACGAAUUUGAUGCGAAUGCACUCGAUGGGUCAAAAUCCCCAAUCCAUGCCGAAUCCCAGGAUAGAUUAUGAUGUUGUUCGGAGACCUAUUGCCACGGCUAGUGAGCAUAUCUGCGACUCGGAUUAGGCAUGGCCUCGUACCAGAUGAAACCAUUUGAUGG